GGACUGUCACGUCGAGCAAUUACACGCAAAACCAUUCAACCGUGCCAUCGAUUCGGUAACCAUACCUAUAAUUUCAAAAUAAACACUUGCCAUGCACUGGUCAUACGAAGAUAAUGAUGAUGAUAACGAGAAUGAAGAAGGAUAUUCAGGACUCGAGUUUUUCGCGAAAAAGGUUGCAGAAAUUAGACGUAUAUUACCGUCACUUCGUAACAUCAAAGUGCUCGGAGAAAGAGGCUCGGGUACCAGAGCACGAGGAACAGUUCAAGAUUUUAACAAGCUGAGGCAGGAAUGUUUAUCGAAUGGAAAACUGUUCGAAGACCCCGAGUUCCCGGCACAAGAUGAUUCCAUAUAUUUUUCGAAAAAACCCGACCGCCACAUCGAAUGGAAACGUCCAAUGAAAAUUGCACACGAUCCACAACUAUUCGUUGAGGGGUUUUCACGGUUUGACGUAAAACAGGGCGAGCUUGGUGAUUGCUGGCUCCUCGCAGCUGUUGCCAAUCUUACACUACAUCCAAACUUAUUCUUUCAAAUUGUACCCAAAGAUCAAAGCUUCGAAGACAACUAUGCAGGGAUAUUCCAUUUCAGAUUUUGGCAGUACGGAAGAUGGGUGGAUGUAGUCAUAGAUGAUCGCCUGCCGACUAGUCAAGGGAAAUUGAUGUUUUUACAUUCAGCUGAAAAUAACGAGUUUUGGAGUGCACUGCUUGAGAAAGCCUACGCGAAGCUUCAUGGUUCGUAUGAAGCUUUAAAGGGAGGAACGACAUGUGAAGCUAUGGAAGACUUUACCGGAGGAGUAACAGAGCUGUACGAAAUGAAUGAAACACCGCCAAACUUGUUCAAUAUUCUACUCAAAGCUUAUGAAAGAAACUCAUUAAUGGGUUGUUCACUGGAGCCGGAUCCAAACGUAUUAGAAGCUGAAACGCCAGAAGGUUUAAUCAGAGGACAUGCCUAUAGUAUUACACGAGUCCAGUAUGUUGAUAACAUGACGCCAAAUCAAGUAGGAAAAACUCCUUUAUUGAGAUUGAGGAACCCAUGGGGUAACGAGGCUGAAUGGAAGGGACCUUGGAGUGAUCAAUCACCUGAAUGGAGGUUAAUUCGUGAUCACGAGAAAGAGGAACUGGGAUUAACGUUCGAUGCAGAUGGUGAAUUUUGGAUCUCUUUACAAGAUUUCAAGCAUCACUUCACACGGCUUGAGAUCUGUAACUUGAAUCCGGACUCUUUAACAGACAGUGAUCUCAGCGCUGGUAAAAAAAAAUGGGAAAUGAGCAUAUUUGAAGGGGAAUGGGUACGCAGAGUAACAGCUGGUGGAUGCCGUAACUUUUUAGAAACCUUUUGGCACAACCCCCAGUACCGUAUAACAUUAGAAUACCCGGAUGAAGAUGAUGACAAAUGCACGGUUAUCGUAGCAUUGAUGCAGAAAAAUCGUAGGGCACAAAGACAGAUGGGUGCUGAUUGUCUGACAAUUGGCUUUGCCAUGUAUCGUCUGGAAGAUCCCGACAGAUUACCAAAGCCGUUAGAUGUUAAUUUCUUCAAGUACAACGCCUCGGUAGCUCAAUCUCCGUCAUUCGUUAACCUUCGUGAAGUUAGCUGCCGAUUCAAGUUGCCGCCUGGUAUUUACUGCAUUGUUCCCAGUACUUUUAAUCCGCAUGAAGAAGGCGAAUUCUUAUUGAGAGUAUUUUCUGAAAAUCAGAACAACAUGGAGGAAAAUGAUGAACAAAUCGGUAUCGGCGAAGUCGAUGAUAGGGUCAAUAACCAUGGUAAAGAAAGGCCAGAAGGGCAAGAAGAUACAGUAAGAGAUCGGCCUGAGCCUGAUAGAAACGAGGAAAAAGUACGAGAGUUCUUCAGAAAACUUGCCGGUGAUGAUAUGGAAGUCGAUUGGAUGGAACUGAAAGAAAUCUUGUACUUCGCUAUGCGCAAAGAGCUACCAUCAUCUGCUCGACGUAGCGAGGCUCGAGCCCCAGAAAUCACCCCAGGAGAAUGGUCCAUUGUCAACACGCUCAUCUCGUUACUCUGUGGUCUUGUUUGUAACUACAAGCAAUACAAUAAACCUGUAGAAUUGCAAAGCGAAGGUUUCAGUCAAGAUAUAUGCCGUAGUAUGGUUGCCAUGCUGGAUACAGAUCGUUCCGGUAAACUAGGAUUUGAAGAGUUCAAAUCACUUUGGAAUGACAUUAGAAAUUGGAGGGUUGUAUUCAGAUUAUACGAUAGAGAUGGUUCUGGAUACUUGAGCGCGUUCGAGCUUAGACAAGCUUUAAAUAGCGCCGGCUAUCGCAUGAAUAAUCAUAUUUUGAACGUACUUGUACAUCGUUAUGGAACGAAGGAUGGAAUGAUCGCAUUCGACGAUUAUAUCAUGUGCGCUGUACGUCUAAAGACGAUGAUUGAUAUAUUCAGAGAACGCGAUCCAGAUAAGACAAACACUGCUACUUUUACAAUGGAAGAAUGGGUUGAGAAGACAUUGUAUUCGUAAUCAAUAA